CCCGCGGGCGGGCGCGCAUUCAUGUCAAACGCUUCAUGAAACUCGGAGGUGUUCCCACUGAAACUUCUUCGGUUUUUAGUUACAAAAUAUUUUGAAAGUGCUUUAGUGUGUUUUUCACGUUUUGCUGGAACAUUAAAUUUUUGCUAAAAUUUUAAAAUGGGUAUGAUUUCAAGAGUGCGCGGUCGUAUCAGGAGUGAUUCUUUCUCGAAGAUUCCGCCUAUGAAAUCGGAGGAUAAAAUCGCAAAUAUUGUAUGGCUCCUAUCUCUGGUGCUGUUGCUGCCAUAUUGGGCGCCGCGGGGGCUUUUCGUGGCGCUGGGCGGCGCUUGGCUGAUGGCAGCCUACACCUGCCUCGUGGUACCUGUGCUCAUCUCUGCCAACUACAAGUACCCCGCGAGGUGGUACCCGGCUGUCGUUAAGUUCGCGCAAGAGACCGCGAGGAGGCUCCGAGCGCCCUUUGCGUGCGUCCUCGGUGUGCUGAAAACUGUGUACGCGCCGCUCGAGCGCGCAGAGCGCGUGUUUCUGCAGAUGAACAACCUCUCUACUAUGGUUUGUCAGUUGCUGAUCUUCACAGCAUGCGACAGGCUGUUCGUUUCCAAGGGCAAACUCACCUCCCUCUACUCUCUCAUGUUCUACAACGUCAUCACGUACUCCGUGAGUUACGUGCGCGAGAUCUGCACCAAGGAGGACUGGUCGCCGUACGUCAACGUCACGCGCCACUCUCGCGUCAAGCACCUCGCCAUGUCCGCCACCAAGAUCGUGCUGGAAUGGACCAAAGCGGUCACCUUCAUCGUCACCAUCACCUUCAUUCUGCUCACCCUCGGCUUGGAACAGGGCCUCGAGCACUACAGCCCCACCUUCUUGUACACCGCAAUCACGGGAAUAUACUACCUGCUUUCGGAGAGGACGUUCCUCGAGCUGUGGCCGAUUGGGCUCACCGCUAUGAAGUUUGAGAGAUUAGAAGGCAUGGAGGUGAUGUACUUCGGGGUGUGGGCGCGGGGGAUAACUACAGCGUUAGCGGUGCCGCUGGUGCCGGCGCUGGCGUGGUGCGAGCGCUGGCGACUGGCCGCGCUAGUGAUGUACUUCUGCGUGUUCGUGCACGGGAGACACCGGCUGGGGGAAGCGCUGGUGAAGUUGAGCGAGGCACGCGGCUCGCUGGCGCGGUUCCGUCGCGCGACGCAGGAGGAGCUGGCCACGCUGGAAGACGUGUGCGCCGUGUGCCUGGCCGGCAUGCAAUCGGCACGCGUCACUCCCUGCGCGCACUUCUUCCACGCCGACUGCCUGAGGAGGUGCCUGGCCGCCUCCGACAGAUGCCCCAUCUGCGUCAGGCCUUACGUAUUCUGCUGAUCGACGGCUCCACUUUAAACGGAUAAGACUGCUUCUAAGGGCUGCUUUGCAGGUAUUCUGAGACGUAUUCCGAACCAUCUUUCGAGCGAACGAGAUAUUGUGGACUGUGAAUUUGAAUUUAGUGGAAUACCUACUCUUACAUAAUAAGAUACUAAUUUAGUAUUAAAAGUUAGGUUACUAAGUAAGUAUGUAGUAUUAUUAUAUGAGUUAAUUGACGUUUUUUUAAUUACAUUCGCUUGUCGUCAAUGUAUUCGUUGUAGAUCAUGCUUUAUCUAAAAGGCUGAGUGGAUUCACAGAACAGCAACCGUUUUGUGAUAAUGUUAACACUAGAUAAUAUUUUCGAAAUAAUAUUAAAAGAUUUAUUAUUGUUAAAAUAUGUAUCUAAUUUGGAAAUCAAAUAAUUACCUACUGUGAAAGUAAGUUUUGGCCUAUCAUGGAUAUUUUAUUAUGUUAUUUUGAGCUAAAACAUUAUAUGAUAGCAUAGAUAUAGAUUAUAAACAUAAUGUUAUUUGUUCUGCCUUUGUUCAUAUUAUGAAAUAAUAUAAACCUACUAGGUUUUUACUCCGUAAUAAAACAUGGCUGUAAUAACUUUUAAUCCACCCACAUUUUCACUGGGUCCAAAUAUUAUGUGUAAUUUUAUAUGAAAAUAA